CGCAACGAAACAAUUCAAGCCCAACUUACACACCAAGCCUGGCAAGCCUCCCUACUACGUUUAUCCGAAUACCUACGCCUAGCUCAACGCGCACACGAAGAAGGCUCACUACCAUACCGCCGCCGUAUCGCUGCUCUGAAGGAGGAAAACCGCAUACUGCGCGCCAAAGCUGGCUGGGAGCCUGCUAGUGAAAGCGAGGGCAGUGACGACGAGGAUGAUGUGUUUGAUGAGGGCGUUGAGGCCGACUCCGCCUGAAAGAUUACUUGAGAAAUGUCGAUUAGCAGCAUGGGUCAUCACCUGGAGUUCACAAGGCGAAUGGAGUACAAGAAUUGCCGUCGGAUUUUUACAGGUGGCAUCAACAGCGCCAGUAGCGCUUACAGAGUUUUAUAUUGCACUGACUUUACAUUGUUCUUUCUCUCGACAGCUUUUGCAGCUCGCGAUAUCUUGCAGGUGGCCACUGCAAACCCAAACCGUCCUGGACCAUUGACCGUGGAUUUUGGCACUGCAAAACGUCGAAACUACCGCAUUGAGCGCCUCACCGUGCCCACCGAUGAGCUGGCCUCGCACGACCGUGUGACCGAGUCUCUCGGUGCAACACACAAAGUCUAUGACAAGCAAGGUGCUUCUGGCUUUGAUGAAGAUGUAGAGGCCAGUCCUAAGGUACCAGCUGCAAUCGAGGGCAAUUGGACCGACCUUUUCAAAGGCAGAACAACUCCAAGACCAAACGAUGUUGGACCUGACAAAGGGAGACUCAGCGAAUAGCGUCCAGAGGCUUCUCCAGUGUUCCAAUGCUAGAUAUCUUUGUAGUCCAGCAAUCAGGUAUGGCCAUAUAAGGUCCCCCUGAUCCCCUUCCAUAGGUCUUCAAUCGUCAGCAGAUUUAUAAGCCCGGACGAUCUGAAGAAGCAAUUGAUGAGUGUCCUUUCGCUUUCGACGUCGCUCGACGAUGGACCCGGGUCGUUGAA